AUGGAAUAAUAAUUUUGUAAAGUCAAAGAUCAUGAAUAAGAAGAACAAAUAUACAUUUGUAAUGAGUUGUAAUGUAUUAACCUAAAAGAUAACAAACUCUUAUGUUAAAAAUGUUUAUGUAAUCAUAAUGGUUUGAAUUAUAACAAACUAAAAGAAAAGGCUGUAAAUUCAUUUAAUGAAUAUAAUCAAAUUUUGAAAUCUGAAAUAGAAGACAGUGAAAAAUUAAAGAAGAAUUUUGAUGAUUAAAUUACAAAGAUGAAAGAAUAGAUCUCUAAAUUUUUAGAUUCUUUGAACAAAAAGACUGUUUCAUUUGUAGAUAAUUAAAGUUUCAAAUUAAUUACCAAUUAAAAUAAAGCAUAAUAAUUAAUGCAAUACAAUAAUCCUUCGCUUGAUACACUAAUAUUUUUUGCUUUGUUUUCAAAUUAACAAUUAUAGAAUAAAUUGAAUUAGACAAAAUAAUAAAUGAAUAGAAUCAUUAAUGAUAUAAAUGAUGAUUUAAAUUUAAAAAUAAGAGAAUAUCUAGAUUAACCAAACAUUAAUGAAUAUAAAAUUAUCGAAUAUGAAUUACAUUCAUUUUAGAUUGAAUCAAUUUUUAAGCAAAAACAACCUUACGGCUAUUGUAAUGAGCAUUUCUCAUAAAAAUCUUCAAUAUGUAUUCAUAAAGAAUGUUUAUAAGAAAAUAUAGCUUACAAUUGUUUAAGAUGCUGUAAAACUACUCAUAUUGAACAUUUUCAAAAUGAUUAUAUAGAGGAAUAUGAAAAAUUAAAAUAAAUAUAAAAAAUAAAAUUAACAUUUCAAGAGAAUGAAAAAAUAAAAGUUAAAGAAAAAGCUCAAAAAUUAAUAGAUGAUUAAAUAAGAAAGUUAAAAAUUGAGUAAAACGAACAAUAUAUGAAAUAUAUAAUUACAAUAGAAAAUAUAAAACAUUUAGAAUAAUAAUUUUAUAUUAAUUUAUCUAUUUAAGAUACUACUAAAUAUAUAUUUGGUGAUUUGCUUAUAUCAUUAAUUACAAGUAAAGAUGAAGAAAUUUAAUCAUAAAUUAAUCAUGAAUAUAAAAAGCUUGAAGAAAAACUGAAGUAUUGUCAAAUUUAGGAAGAGCAAAAAUUCCAAGAUAAAUGCAAUCUCAUUUAAUCUUAUUCAGAUAUUAUAUAUAAACUCUAAAAAGAUAAAUAAGAACUUCAAUAACUGGUAUAUUAAUAAGACUAACUUAUAAAAAAUAAUUCUUUGGAUUGUUUACUUAGCUAAAUUAAGUUAAUAAAUUUAAAUAUAGGAGAAUUGAAAAAUAUAGAUUUUAAAUUCAAUACAAAUUUUACCCAAAAAAUCGAUAAUAUAUAAUAACAAUAAUAAGAACAUUACAAAGUUUUACAAUCUGUAAAAAUAGGAGAAACUGUAUAAAAAAUUGAUAAUUUAAAAGAUGAUUUUCAUAAAAAAAUUCAGAAGUUGGAAUAAAGAUAGGAAGAAUAAUAUUAGCAAAUGGGUUUAUAAAUAAUUGAUGAUUUUCAUAAAAAUAUUCAGAAGUUGGAAUAAAGAUAGAAAGAAUAAUAUUAGCAAAUGGGUUAAUAAAUAAUUGAUGAUUUUCAUAAAAAUAUUCAGAAGUUGGAAUAAACAUAGAAAGUAUAAUAUUAGCAAAUGGGUUAAUAAAUAAUUGAUGAUUUUCAUAAAAAUAGUCAGAAGUUGGAAUAAACAUAGAAAGUAUAAUAUUAGCAAAUGGGUUAAUAAAUAAUUGAUGAUUUUCAUAAAAAUAGUCAGAAGUUGGAAUAAACAUAGAAAGUAUAAUAUUAGCAAAUGGGUUAAUAAAUAAUUGAUGAUUUUCAUAAAAAUAGUCAGAAGUUGGAAUAAACAUAGAAAGUAUAAUAUUAGCAAAUGGGUUAAUAAAUAAUUGAUGAUUUUCAUAAAAAUAGUCAGAAGUUGGAAUAAACAUAGAAAGUAUAAUAUUAGCAAAUGGGUUAAUAAAUAAUUGAUGAUUUUCAUAAAAAUAGUCAGAAGUUGGAAUAAACAUAGAAAGUAUAAUAUUAGCAAAUGGGUUAAUAAAUAAUUGAUGAUUUUCAUAAAAAUAGUCAGAAGUUGGAAUAAACAUAGAAAGUAUAAUAUUAGCAAAUGGGUUAAUAAAUAAUUGAUGAUUUUCAUAAAAAUAGUCAGAAGUUGGAAUAAACAUAGAAAGUAUAAUAUUAGCAAAUGGGUUAAUAAAUAAUUGAUGAUUUUCAUAAAAAUAGUCAGAAGUUGGAAUAAACAUAGAAAGUAUAAUAUUAGCAAAUGGGUUAAUAAAUAAUUGAUGAUUUUCAUAAAAAUAGUCAGAAGUUGGAAUAAACAUAGAAAGUAUAAUAUUAGCAAAUGGGUUAAUAAAUAAUUGAUGAUUUUCAUAAAAAUAGUCAGAAGUUGGAAUAAACAUAGAAAGUAUAAUAUUAGCAAAUAGGUUAAUAAAUAAUUGGUAUGCUGAAGAAUAUACUAGAAAUAUGCACGGCCAAUAGAAACAGAAAUAAUGGCUGGAACGGCGAUUAAUGUUAAAUUUCUUGA